UUUCUAGCGUUUUCGGCGGUUCUCGGUGGCUUCCCAGCCUCGGGGUGCCUUCCAGCGGCUGCGCCUCGCCGACGGCGUUCCGGGGGGGCCCAGAUCUUUCCGAGCGGGCGCUGGAGAGCCGAAUUUUGACCCGAAAACCCACAGGCACGGGGACAUGCUCAUGGGGGGACGCAUCUUGCUGGAGGGAGUGAAGAGGGUGAGGGAUGUUCCCCCCCACGCCCCCCGAGGUGGCGGACGGCUCGCCCUCAGGGGCCACGCCGACGAUCAUUCUGCACGCCUGACGAUCUCAGACCUACUCUGCCAGAUCCUUGUGGACGGCACCGCGAAGCGCUGGGAGUACGGAGAGAUACGGUACGGCCUGCACAACACGGGCAUCACGGAGCUCUUCCUCCACGGCGACGGGUCCGCCACUUUCGGGCUCCGGGACAGACGACUGCUUACACGCGAGCGGCGCGGCCGCGGCGCACUCCACCCGCCGCAGGAGCGCAGGGUGAUCCCGCGGCGGCAGGAAAAGGC